GGCGCACCUUGCCGGGCAGUAGCUUAGUCUCUACCAACAAGACAACACACACACUAAAUGUUUCCUAUAGUAACAAUUAAUCAAUUGUACAUUAAUUUUAAGGGAAACACGAGGGAGAGAGAGACACACACGUACUACACGCUCCAUACGCAAGUUCUAUUUUUGUAUUAAAAAAACGCGCCGUAAAGCGAAAAACAAAAAAAAAAUUUUUAAGUAGUGUGUUCCGCGAGAACGAAUGCGGUGCAAUUCGUGCGAGACCGUUGACGAGCAGAGAAUUCGUUUGUAUUACCUACUACAGUAGACGAUAGUUAAGAUACGCAAGAAGAGAGAGAGAAAGAGAGAGAGAGAGAGGGAAGUACAUAGAGAAGAGCAAGUAAACACCGGGCGGAAACGAGAUAUCGAGAUUACACGCGCGGAGCGACAGCGGAGAAAGAAGAUAACGACGAGAAGAAACAAGAGGAUAUGGCACAAGCGGUCGUUUUGCUUCGCGAAGGCAAUCACUACUAAAGGCGAGUGGCGGUAGUUUGUUAAACGUAAUAAGAGCCGAGAACAACGACACGAACAAAAAAACAUAAAGCAAGUAGCAGUAUAUCGGCUGGAUUUUUCUCUGUUUCUCCGUGUUUCGGAGAGCAACGGAUAAGAAUUUUAAAGUUGGCGAGGACCUCGUCGCCGUGAUCGUUCGAGGAAGCUCUUUCGGGACAGCGUGCGCCAUCCGCCUCCCAACCGCUCGGGCGACAGUGGCGACCGAACAAGCAAGUUGCAACGAACGGCAACGCGUUUGUAAACGAGGAACGGCCGAUAAGCGGUGGCGCGACGACUCCUCUCCGUUUCUUUACACGGUGCAGUCUACGGCGGUCGGGGCGCCGUUAGUCUCUCCGUUUCGCGGCGCGGCGCACAGCGCAGCGCAGCGUUGCGCGCUCUCUCUCUCUCCUCAUUUUUUUAUUUUUUCUCUCUUUGAGACAUUCGUCGGGUGUGUGCGGUGCGUGAGUGCGUGCGUUUGAUACUUGUACGGAAGUUAAACAAGGAAGGUUAACUGCGACUACCACGACGAGGAAAAGGUGCGCAAAAGCGGCAACAGAGUGGUGGUGGAGAGAGCACAACCGGCUGCCGGUUGUGUGCUGUCUUGUAGUUAAAUAGCGACCAGAUAUAGUUUGGAAUAUUAACCGACCAAGUGCGAGCCGGUGAUCGAGAGAUUUCGUCUCUUUCUCGUACGCGGUGGUGCAGUGCGACGGCGACGAACGACGUCGUCGUUCAUCAUCAGCCGGACAGCAGACGAGAACGCACGAGGGAUACGGCGAGGAGCCACCGACGAAGCGAGCAAAGUAGAAAGACGUCGGAGGCGGGAGGAAGAAGGAGGUAGAGGAGGUGAAGGAACCGGAGCGGCGGCGCGAAAGCGACCGGCAGCGACGACGACGACGACGACGACGACGACCGACGACGGUGGUUUUUAGCCUGCGCAACGUCGCGCCGGCGUAUUGUUAUUUUGUUAUUUCGUCGCGACGCCGCAACCGUAUCGUCCUCAUCUCGACGGACGACGCGACGGACACCCCAAGUCCGCGAGCAUGUCCGUGAGAAUGGAAAACGUAGCCGCUAGGAAGCUCAAUUAUAACAAAAUGAUGAAUAACGGCCCUCGGCCGACCUACGUGGGCGCCAACAACGGCAACGCGGGUGGCGCCGGCGGAGGCAGCGGCGGUGGUGGUGGCGGCAGCGGGGGUGGUGCCGCCAAUGCCGGUGGUGUUGGUGUAGGACCCGCUGGUGGUGCGGGUGGCGGUGGCGGUGGUGGCGGCGGCGGCGGUGGCGGCGGCCACGGAUUAAAGAGCAACACCGGCGGCGGACCGCGUGGUGGGAAUCCGGUACAACAAUACCGUGCGAGCAGUGGCGGCGGUGGCGGCGGAGGUGGCGGUGGUGCCGCCGGCUGGAAUACAGCGCCUUCUCACGCGGUCGCGGCUGCAGCAGCAGCGGCAGCAGCCGCAUAUCCGCCGUACACGCGCUAUCCAAGUGCCGCGGCAGCGGUCGGCGGCGGUCCACAACAGCUGCCGGCCACGAAUCCUUUCGUUACCGCCACGUAUGCGCAGCACGCGUAUGGUGGACAGCGCGCCACGGCUUCGUCACCGGCAAACACUAACAGCAGCUCCAGCAGUGCCACCGGGAGUCAGAGUGGUACAAUAAGUACGAGUCUAAGCAACAACGCAAUGCAGGGACAGCAAGCGGAACAGUUGUCCAAAACAAACCUUUACAUCCGUGGCCUCAAUCAGAAUACAACUGAUAAAGAUCUUGUUAACAUGUGUUCUCAAUAUGGAACGAUAACAUCGACCAAGGCAAUUUUGGACAAGAAUACAAAUAAGUGUAAAGGCUACGGCUUUGUAGACUUCGAGUCACCGAUGGCGGCAGAGGGUGCUGUGAAAGCACUGGUCGCCAAAGGGAUCCAGGCGCAGAUGGCGAAAGUGGGUAUCUGGUUGCUCCGUAGACUGGACAGUCAACAGGAGCAGGAUCCCACAAAUUUAUACAUCGCCAAUCUGCCGCUCACCUUUAAGGAAAAUGAUGUUGAAGCGCUUCUCGCUCAAUAUGGUCAAGUUAUUUCCACGCGUAUUUUGCGCGAUACAUCAGGACAAAGCAAAGGUGUUGGAUUUGCAAGAAUGGAAUCCAAAGAAAAAUGUGAACAAAUUAUACAAAUUUUUAACGGUAAGGCGCUUCCAGGUGCCAAGGAUCCGUUAUUAGUUAAGUUUGCUGACGGUGGUAACAAAAAGAAGGCAUUGUUCAAAGGUUCAAUAUGGAGAGAAACCGGAGACAACAUGACUUUGAAUUAUGACACGAGCGGCGUUGGUCAGAAUGGCGUUGCUGCGACUCAUAUGCUUCCCGCAGCGACUCUGACGCAAUAUAGUCGCCACUAUGGCCAGGCAUUACCGGGUUAUAGCGUGCCAGGCGCUCCUUGGGUGGGUCCUUACAUGCUGCAUCCUUCCCCGCCACAUAUGCAACAGGUUGACAUUAUACCGUCAGCUGACCCUAGCAAUCCCCAGUCAUACGGAAUGAUUCCUCAAUUGACCACGCAAAUGUCUACAUUACAUCUCGGAACUGGUUCCUACAUAGCGAGCCCACAUCCUUAUCCGUACACCACUUACCCCGCACCCAACAUCAUCCAUACGAUGCCUCUGGGUGAGUCAGAACAAACGAGUAAUGCAGCAUCUCCUGAUGACUCCUAUCAACAGUAUCAGGCUCAACAGCCUAAGUAGGCCACGGUUUAUAGUAGAUAUACGAUCGCGCUAAAAGUUUCAUAAAUUA